UGAUCAGAAGUGUUUCACUGUACUGUUAAUUUUCUUCCUUUCUUUUUCGUCCCACGAAGAAAACAACAAUCGAUUGGAUUCCUUCUGUUCCCCUCUGUUUCCUUCGCGAACCUCCACCGACCCCGCGCAUGUUAGCGACAUCGCUUUCGUUUUGCGGUUGGUAACCGUUUCUCUUUCACCACCGUAACUAUUUAUUUCGCUCUUCCCAACGCUAACACCAUCUCUCAGAUUCUCCUUCACUCCUCCUUCUGAACGGAGGAUCGCUCAUCGGAUUGCUGCGUAUUCACUUCAUCCUUCUCCUUUUCAGCUCAGGGGAACUCGUUUUCUGCUUAGGAUCUUCAAAUUAUUCCUUGUUCUCUGCAGAAUACAUAUCUCAAAUAGCGAUUAUGUAUAUUUGAGGUUAAGUGUACGGAUGAAGAAGUAAAUAGAGUUGAACCGGAUUAUUUGCAGAUAAAUUGUACAUCUAGCGUUAAUCUUGCUUGUUUUAGGAAGCAGACAGGUAAAAUAUAUGCUAAUGUGGGUGGGGCAUCUUCGUGAAAAUUCUUCCAUGUACAAGCGUGCUCCUUCCAGCAGAGAUUAUUCAACCGUGGAUGAUGUGGAAGAAAACUUAGAUAUUUUGGACAACGGCUUGGAUAAGGGAAUCUCAAAUCCUUCAUGGAAGCUUUCCUUACCUCAUGUACUUGUGGCGACCAUUUCUUCAUUCCUUUUUGGAUACCAUCUCGGAGUUGUUAAUGAACCACUUGAGAGCAUUUCUGUUGAUCUUGGUUUCCAUGGAAAUACAUUGGCAGAAGGUCUGGUGGUGAGCAUAUGUCUUGGUGGUGCCUUGAUUGGAUGUCUACUGAGUGGUUGGAUUGCUGAUGGGGUGGGACGGCGUAGGACUUUCCAGUUGUGUGCUAUGCCAAUGAUAAUUGGUGCUUCUAUGAGUGCGGCUACAAACAACUUGUUUGGCAUGCUUGUAGGAAGGUUGUUUGUUGGAACUGGCUUGGGCCUGGGCCCUCCCAUUGCCUCUUUGUAUGUGACAGAGGUUUCUCCUGCUUUUGUGCGGGGAACCUAUGGAGCUUUCAUCCAGAUUGCAACCUGCCUUGGUCUAAUGGGAGCUUUAUUUAUUGGAAUCCCUGUCAAAGAUAUACCUGGAUGGUGGCGGGUUUGUUUCUGGGUAUCUACCAUUCCAGCUGUUAUACUCGCUGCAGCUAUGGUCUUCUGCGCAGAGAGUCCACAUUGGUUAUACAAGCAAGGAAGAACUUCUGAAGCAGAAGCUGAGUUUGAGAGACUGCUAGGUGUAUCAGAAGCAAAAUUUGCUAUGUUAGAGUUAUCAAAGGUAGAUAGAGGAGACGACACUGAUUCUGUGAAGCUGUCAGAAUUGCUACAUGGUCGUCAUUCUAAAGUUGUUUUUAUUGGAUCAACCCUAUUUGCUUUACAACAGCUAUCUGGUAUAAAUGCUGUGUUUUAUUUCUCUUCCACUGUUUUUAAAAGUGCUGGAGUGCCAUCAGACCUUGCAAAUGUCUGCAUAGGAAUCGCUAAUUUGGCAGGAUCUAUCAUUUCAAUGGGUUUGAUGGAUAAGCUUGGAAGGAAGGUUCUACUUUUCUGGAGUUUCUUUGGCAUGGCAAUAGCAAUGAUGCUUCAAGCCACAGGUGCAACUUCACUUGUAUCGAACGUGGGAACUCUGUACUUUUCUGUUGGGGGCAUGUUACUGUUUGUCUUUACAUUUGCUCUUGGUGCUGGUCCGGUCCCAGGUCUCCUCCUACCUGAAAUAUUUCCUAGUCAAAUCAGAGCCAAAGCCAUGGCAGUCUGUAUGUCGGUGCAUUGGGUCAUAAAUUUCUUUGUUGGCCUACUUUUCUUGCGUUUGCUGGAGAAACUCGGUCCCCAACUGCUUUACUCUAUGUUUGCCACCUUUUGCAUCAUGGCGGUAAUUUUUGUAAGACGAAAUGUGGUGGAAACCAAAGGGAAGACACUUCAUGAAAUUGAGAUUGCACUUCUUCCCCAAGAGUAGAGCUUCACUCAUUAGUUUCUAUAAUUUUGCUUGGUUUCCGCUGAGCAGAUUGUUUCAUCUAUUUUUGUUGACCACCUUAACAAUACAACGGGAAGCCCAAGGCAAGAACUAUGCAUAGAACAUUAGUACCAAGAUUUGAAGUGAUGAGGUUUUAGGUAUUAUGGGUAGCUGUUAUGUAGGAGAUACAUAAUGGCUUACGACACCCUAAUGAUGUUUUCGUGGCUUGUGAUUCUCUGAUUUUGCAUCCACUUAAAGGAAGAGACAUAUGUAUGACUUGUGUAAUAUUCAUCAAGGGGGAUCUAUUCACCCUGUUAUAUACACAUAUUUACCGGACUUCAUCAUGUAAUAUUUUAUGUGUCUCUACGUCACAUUAUUUUUAAUUACUUGAAUCUUGUCUCAUUUUGGAUAA